GGGGCCGGUGGCGUGGGGACGGGCGACCCCGUCCCGCGGCCCAGAUGUCUUCGUCCUCGUCGCGGCAGCCUUGGUUGGCUUGUUAUAAAAAAGAGUACAGAGCAAGAUUCUGCAAUAGAAAAAGAAAUAAGAUCACUGUAGAACCAGGUCAAAACGUACUGAAACUCAUACAGGAUGGUUUUGAAAGUUGUGGCAAUGAUCUUAAAAUUACCUCUUCAAGUCCAGUGCAUUGCUCAACUCCCAUUGUCAGAAAUGACAACACGCCUACAAGCUCAACGGGAAGCUUAACUAAAUCUGUGGAAAGAGCCUUUAAUUCUGCAGUGUCCUUACCUACAUCACAACUAGAACCAGUCAACAACAAAGCAGGAUGGUCACAUGAAUCACCUCUGAAGCCUGUAAUAUGUGAUUAUGUAGCUGCUUCUAAAACCCCAGGGUCUCCAGUGUCUAAAGAAAAAACAAACGAAACAUUAAAAGAUGUUGAAGCUCUUCACAAAAGUCAUGAUGUGCCUUUGGACCCUGAGGAUGAUCAGGGGCCAAUUAGAUUGCUUCUUCUGGAGGAAGCAAAAGGUCCUCCUGCACAUACAUUACAUUUUCAUGGCCAAAAUGCUUCUGCUGCAGUGAAGAGCCACAUGGAAGUUGAAAAUCUGGGAGGACCUCAGACUGGAAGAGAUGAGCAGGUUGUUCUUAGGGAUGGAAGAGAAUGUAUUGCUAUGUCUUCUGUACGGAAAAAGAAGUCUUUCUCUUCAGUUAUCGUAGCAACUGUAGCAACAGAAACACUUGGAAAAAGGUAUUCAGCCUCAGUAUCACCUCCAUCACCUCCUCCUGUGAAAGAUCAAGAUAUAGAAAAUGAAUGUGAUUUUUUCAUUGGUGAAUCAUAUAAUGCAUCUUUUAAUUCUUUCUUUUCAAUACCCCGUACGAACAAAAAAUCAAGAAAAGCUAGCUCUGCAACUCCUGUUUCUAAGUUUCAGCCCUCUGAAAAGAUGACAGAGGGUAAAAAAAGCAAGAACAGAAAAGCACAGGUUGAAGUACUUACUAAACAGAAAAUGGAUGAUUUGGACAUCAGAAUACAUCAUUUGAAAGGAACAUCAGAAUCAGAUUCCAUCUCUGACAGUGAAGGAAAGGUUCUUAAAUCUCAAAGGCAAAACAUUACUCAUAUGGAAAAGGAGAACACAGAGGGUAAGAAAGGCAAGAAGAGAAAAGUACAGGGUGAAGCACUUACUAAACAGAAAAUGAGUCUUUUGGACGUCAAAAUGCAUGAAUUAAAAGGAACAUCAGAAUCUGAUUCCGUCUCUGACAGUGAAGGAAAGGUUCUUAAAUCUCAAAGGCAAAACAUAGCUCAUAUGGAAAAGGAGAACACUGAGGGUAAGAAAGGCAAGAAGAGGAAAGUACAGGUUGAAGCACUUGCUAAACAGAAAGUGGAUGUUUUGGACGUCAGAAUGCAUGAAUUAGAAGGAACAUCAGAAUUGGAUUCCAUCUCUGGCAGUGAAGGAAGGGUUCUUAAAUCUCAACGGCAAAACAUCACUCAUAUGGAAAAGGAGAACACUGAGGGUAAGAAAGGCAAGAAGAGAAAAGUACAGGUUGAAGCAUGUACUAAACAGAAAAUGGACGAUUUGGAUGUCAGGAUGCAUGAAUUAGAAGGAACAUCAGAAUCAGAUUCCAUCUCUGACAGUGAAGGAAAGGUUCUUAAAUCUCAAAGGCAAAAUGCUACUCCUAUGGGAAAGACUAAAAAGGAUGCACUUAAUCAAAGAUCUCCAAACAAGGAAAAUGAGACAUCCUGGAAACCAGAAGCCAAAAAAAAUAUGUUGUCAGAGUCUGGACUGGAAACAAAAGCAUGUGAUGGAGAGCAGUGUAAAACAAUGGUGAUGCCAAGUGAGAGUUCACUUAUGUCCUCAGCUGAGCACCAGCAAGAGCGGUCUCUGUCUUCAAAAGAGAAUCUCAAGUCUUCCAGGAAUCCGUGGUCAGCCUCAAAAGCUGCUCAGCAUUUAGUUCACAAGAAACAAUCUGUUAAGCAGAAGCAUCCAGGGGGUACAGUAACUAAGAGACUGGCAGGAAGUCCGAGGAAGAAGCUUAAAAAAACUGGCCAGAAAAGUAGGGGGAAAAAGACUCAGUUACAAAGAAAGGAUAUUUCUCACAAUGUAGACAGUGAAGAAGAGCUUGAAAGAGAGCCUGAAAAAUUGGAUGAGGUGUUUGCCUCAUUCCUGCAUCAGGAAUUAGAGACUUCUGUGAUUCAGAACUUGGCUAAGUCUGAAAAGCCUAAAAAUGUAUUGCAGACAUUGGAGUCCACUGGUGGUGCAAAUUACAAAACUCCUGUAAAAGCAGUACAGCAUGUCACAGGCAGUGUGAAGAAUUCUGAAAAGAAACUGCUGUCAGCUAAGUCUUCAGGGAAGACACCCAAAAGGAGUCACUGCAGAAACAGUGAAGGUUUUUGUUCAGGCCCUGAGGACAAUGAGUCUCAAAUUGAUUCUGGCAACACUUCUGUACAGGAAAGUACAAAGGAAAACCACAAGUUACCAGAUGUGAAAAUAAAAAGUAACAAAAGAAAGCAUUACCCACAACACAGACAAAACAGGCCUGUUCUAGAACAUUGUGAUAAAUUUGCUUCCAGAAGUCAGUCUUGUGAACAGGAUAAUACAUCUUCAGAUGAUUUUGAAGGAUUGGACAGUCAAAUACAACAUCUGUUGUCAGACAAAUUAGCAAGACAUAAAAUAGUAAUGCCUUCCAACACACCUAAUGUUCGUCGGACAAAAAGGUUACGACUGAGACCUCUGGAAUACUGGCGAGGCGAGCGUGUGAGCUAUAGGAUGAGGCCUUCAGGAGGGCUUGUAAUUAGUGGAAUAGUGUGUCCAGAACCAGAACCUCACAGGAAGAUUAAACGGAGGAAGGAUGGUCACAAGCAGAGAAGGGAUGAAACAAGAAGUGAGAUACCUGCAAAUCUGGAUCACAGCCUAGCUGAUACUUCUAAGCCAACUGUUGUAGUGGACCCGAUAAUAAAUGAGGAAGUACUUCUAGAAUGUGUUAACACUGAAAACAGUAACGCGUGCUUCUUCAAAGACGAAACGGUAGAAAUAUAUAAAAAUUUGAAUACAUCUGCUUUUGCCACUGGUAAAUUGAUUUUGAAACCAUUUAAAGAAAAAGGACAUCAGUUUGUCCACAUGGAUACAAUAGCUUUCUAUAUUAUCCAUGGCAAAGUUCUUGUUACCUUACAUAAGACAUCAUAUUAUCUGACUACAGGAGACUUUUUCUAUGUUCCACCAGGAAAUGGAUAUAACAUACGUAAUCUCCUGAAUAAAGAAAGUGUUCUUCUCUUCACACAACUCAAAAAAGACAGGCCAAAUCCAUACAACGUGUUGGAGACAUAGCUCUGCCUGCAGACUGAAAAUCAUCUGCUGCAAAUAAAUUCUAAAGAACACUGUAACUACCAUCUGACGGGCAAUACACCCCAGCUUUAAGGGGAACAUUGUUUCAUUGAUCUUAAAAGGUAUUUCUCCAGUGUAAAUUAUAAA